AUGACUGAACUAGUACUACUUUCAUCAGUAGCAGUAUCAUCGUCGAGACAGUUGAGUAAAUCCGAGCCUUCUAGCUUAGAAUCUAAUAAGAACGACAGCAAUCAGAUUAAACAGUAUUCAGGGUAUUAUUUGGGUCGAGAUAUGAAAGACAGCCACCCUCAUUCGCCACUGGCAGCUCUGGCUUCGGUGAGUGUGCGGUCGCCUCCAGCGCCGACGUCAGCUUCGACGCCAGGAGCAUCAGCAUCAAUACCUGUACCAGCGGCUCCAGCAGCUCCAACAGGACCAACACCUUCUACAACUCAGCCAGUAUUAUCAACUAAUUCACCAUCUGCAUCUGGAAAUGUCGUCUCAGUCUCAUCGACGACAAACACCAGCUCUGGCUCUAUGCCGGGAUUAACCAAUAACCCUAUGCCUAAAAGAGAGGUCGAGCCAGUUUCUCACUCAACUUCCACUUCGACUUAUGUUCCAGUUGCAAGCUCAUUUACUCCGAUAAUCGCUCCAUCUCCAGCUACACCAGCAACACCCAGUGCCCCAACACCAGCUGAGACUCCUGGUUCAACUCCUGAAGUUACUCCAUCUGGAACACCAACAUUAGCACCAGCUCCAGCACGGUCUCCUGCGUUGAGUAGCACUCCAAUCCUAUCAGGAGCUGCUGCUCCUUCUCCAUCACCUCCCGCUCAGCCUUAUUCGCCAUUUAUUGUUAUGCGUACUUCGAAACAGCCAGCUACUCCCUCUACAAACACUCUAAAAACCGAGUCCACUCGUUCUUUGAAAGAUACCAACCAACCUAUUAAUAGCAUUCAGACCCAAACCAAACCAACCAAUCAAAGUCUCAACAACACCCCUGCUCAUGGUCCUAGUUCGUCUGUACCAACAGCUCAAGUGUGUUCCAACUGUGGAACCACUCGCACUCCACUAUGGCGAAGAGCUCCAACUGGUGAAACUAUUUGCAAUGCAUGUGGUCUUUAUUUAAAGGCAAGAAACACUUCGAGACCUGUCCAUCUUAAGCGACCUCCUCAAACUACGACUAUUUGGUUGGGUUCUGAUGAUCUGAAACAUGAGGAUGGCACUGCUUCUGGUUCGUCGUCUUCAGCCAGAGCAUCUCAAGGAGCCGCUGGAGCUACUACUUCUGCCGCAGCUGAAUCGUCUGGUAGUGGAUGUCAAGGAACUUGUCCUGGUGAUGGUCAUUGUAACGGUACUGGAGGAUCUAGUGCCUGUUCAGGAUGUCCUGCUUUCAACAAUAGAAUUGCCAGAACUGGUAGACAUCGUACCAAUCUAGAGUUCCAUCCUGCUAAAUCUGAAGGUAGUCCUGCUGUUGAGGGUUCAGCUAGUCAAACUACUGUGACAACUACAGUUGCCGGUGUGAACUCAACUAAUGGAAAUACUGAUGCUACUUCACCUACUUCACCAGGACCAUCUGGUGCUCCUGCUUCAGCUAAUGCUAGUGUUACAGACGAUGGAAUGACAGCAGUAGUCAUUUCUUGUCAAAACUGUGGCACCACUAUCACUCCCUUGUGGAGAAGAGAUGAUGCUGGUCAUACCAUUUGCAACGCCUGUGGUUUGUACUAUCGUCUUCACGGUGUUCAUCGACCUGUCGGCAUGAAAAAGAGCAUCAUCAAGCGUCGUAAAAGAGUCAUCUCUCAAAUGCAGAGUCAGUCUGAAGAAGCUGAAGAGUUUAGUCAACAACAGCAGCAACCACAGCAGGCGCAAGUCCAACAGCAGCAGCCGUUGCAACCCCAAUCGCAGCAAUUCCAGCAAUCUCCUGGACCACAAGCCGAACCUCAAUCCUCUGGCAAUCAGUCACAAUCUUCAACCAUGUCGACUCUCAAAUUCAACGCAUACACCCCACGACCAGCCAAAUCUCCUACCAAAACCUAUGUAUUACCACCUUUGGCAUCUGACAAGCCAGCUGGUUCACCAGUGGCAUCUUCCUCCCCUUCUUACGCAGCAGCGACCACUUCUCCAAUCAUGUCAUCGACUCUGCCACCUCCAGUUCCAGCCACAUCCACUUCUAAUUCACCAAUUAUCCAUUCAACUGCUACCCAGACCUCAUCGAUCACCACUGUCCCAACUUCAAUGCCACCUCCACCAGGACCUCCAUCGUCUUCAAUACCCCACCAACAGCCUCAUGCACAAGUCAUCAACAACACCAGCAACAGCUCUAGUUUUAUUCAUUCAGUGACUUCAUCUGGUCCCUUCCCAGUUAGCUCAGUCACCUCUACAGCUGGUUCCUCAUCGACUCGCCAUAUGCUCCCUAACCCUGGAUAUCCCGCUAACGGCCGGCAAGUGUUCCCCCAACCCACGACAUCUAGAUCAGGAACAUCAUCAUACUCGACUACCUCACACUUACCACCACCAUCCAGGAUGUCGGCGAACAGCUCUCCACGACAGGGAGAAGCGGGAACCAACAAUUCAGCGUCGGAUCUGUCGUCACCCACCCACGGAGAAGAAUCGAUUGUGAAUAGAGAUACUUAUGUGCCGCCUCCUAUUGAUUUCACCCAUGCAUUUAGACCCAGCUGGGACGGUACAAGAGUGGUGAGCAAUUCGUCGACUAUUUCCACAUCUUCGUCUGGCUCGUCACUUUCAUCGUCUGGAAGACUUCCUAGCAUAUCGCACAUCACCGAGCUGCCAACAGAACAGACGUCUGGUGCAUCUACCUCGACUAGCAAACGCAAGUACAGCGAAGAUGACGAGCGAAACCUGAGAAUAGCGUCGAUUUUGAACGCUGUGGACGAUGAUAACAGCACUUCUCCAUCGAGCAAAUCGAGCAGAGACAUUUCACUGACCAAAAAAUCCGAACUGGAUGUGCUGGAGCUGUUAAAAGGCAGCGACGCCAAAGACUACGUAGUAGCCAAGAAGCAGAAAUUCGAGGAGAAACUGGCUAAAUACAAACGAAGGCUCAUGGAAGCGGAACAAAUCAUCAAUGCCUGUAACGAAAAACUCAAGGAACUCGAAUAA